AUGAAUGAUAUAGCUAAACAUGUGCCCAACCGAGUCACGAGGGACAUUCCCUAUCUUGAGUUGGCUGAACCUGAUGAAGGCUACCACGGUCUGAUCCGAGAGAACGAGACCCUGGUGGAGGUGACUCCCGCUAUCAGGGCCCGAGGACCUCUCUGCUCCUUCCUCAUACUGAACAACAAACAUCAUGGGGAAGCUCCCUUCGAGAUUAUGGUGAUCGACGACAACGAGGCUCGUCUCCGCGUACGGUACCCACUUAACUGUGAGAAACGUCGCAAUUACAAGUUCGACAUCGCUGCUGUUGGCUGUGAUGGUUCUUACUCCAACACUGUACCGGUCCAUAUAACUGUGACGGAUGUGAACGAAUUCGCUCCGGUCUUCAAUCAGGCUGCCUACGUACGGUCCGUGGAUGAGGGAAAAGUGUAUGAUGAGAUCGUACGUGUGGAGGCGACUGAUCGUGACUGUACCCCGCGCUAUGGAGACGUCUGCAAGUACGAAAUUGUUAACGACGGAGACAGGAGCCAACCGUUUGCUAUCGACAAUGAAGGUGUUAUUCGUAAUACGGAACCCCUGGAAUACGAUAAAUCCCACAACCAUAUUCUAUCCGUGGUUGCAUAUGAUUGUGGUAUGAUGCCAUCCGCACCAGUUUUGGUCACUAUCAAGGUCAACAAACCCUGCCGAGCUGGGUGGAAAGGUCUUGCUGAGCGUGUUGACUACGCACCUGGAACAGGUCCGCUCGCACUAUUUCCAGCUGCUCGUUUAGAAGCUUGUUCCAGCGAUGAGCGAUGUCCAGGUGUAACUAGGAUCCAAGCAGCUGUAACUCUCCAGGCGUCAAGAGCCGGUGUUGCUUGUGAUCGGGACACGUAUACCUUACACGCGCAAAGGACAGUAUGUGGUCUGGAUCCCAAAACAGUGGAUUUGCUACCCAGCCCCGGCGUAGGAAACGAAUGGGCAAAAUCUCUCAAACCCGACUCAGGUCGUGACGGCGAACAACUAUUCGAGUUCGACGGCGAGACAUCAGCUGUAGUACCCGAGUCUAUACUACCUCAUUCACUCGGAAGUACCUUCUCUGUGAGCACGUGGCUAAGACACGCUCCGCCUCCAGACCAUGACAAACACCGCAAAGAACAUGUACUUUGCCUGGCUGACGAUCACAAAAUGAACCGUCAUCACUACGCGCUGUUCGUCCGUAACUGUCGCCUGAUUCUUCUUCUGAGGCGUGACUUCGGUGAAGGAGACUUGAACAUCUUCAGACCAGCUGAGUGGAGGUGGAAGUUACCUGAGGUGUGCGACAACGAGUGGCAUCACUACGCCAUCAAUAUUCGUUUCCCCAACGUCGAGCUGUACGUGGACGGCGAGCCUUACAGAGCAGAGAGAGGCCCGGAGGUGAUCGAUGACUGGCCGCUACACCCCGCUCAUGGGGUUAACACUACUAUGGUGGUUGGGGCUUGUUGGCAGGGUACUGAAAGUGAUAUGAAACAUCAUCUUCGCGGUUGGCUCGCGGGUCUAGGAGCAUUACCGGGGUCUGUUCAGCCCGCCACGGCCUUGAGGUGUGCGGCACGAUGUAGAGAGGGACUCAGUCUGGCGCCUGAUCUAUAUCUGAAGUCAGUGUCUGUGGAGGGAGACAGCGCGUCGGAGGUAGAGACGCUAGUGAGGCGCGUGUCGUACGGAGACGCGAGGGUGUUCCCUACACCUGGCAGGAGGAACGUGCAUCUGGCUACUACCAUCACUUGUGACAAUGGGCGUGUGAUCAAAGCCCGCCCGGCCGAGUCGUACGUGAUGGUGCUCGCUCCGCAGACGCCCACCAUCCUACUGAACGGCAGUGCGGAUGCUGCUCGCGACUACGCACACUUCCGGGCAGGCCUGCCGGUGUUCCCUGACAUAAGGGUGAGAGUGCUGGCCAGGAGUGGGGAUGACAUCAAAGAAGCCGAAACUCAGAAGCUCGAUUCGUGCGUGGUGUCCGUAUACCCGGCCUUGAACCCCGACCACGAGGCCCUCGCGCUGAGGAGCUCCCCCGCUGAUGAUAUACGGGCGACACUCACCAGGGACGGAGUGAGUCUCACGGGGGCUGACACCGUGGACAACUACCAACAGGUGUUGAGGGAGAUAGAGUACAGCAACAAGAAGCCGGCCUACUACCUCAACAGGGUGUUCAAACUGACGUGCUCCGAACUGAACGGACGGUUCACGAGCAACGAAUACGUGCAGACGUUGACGGUGGAGCACCCUCGCGCGGCGUCCGACACCCGGGCGCUUCGCCCCUCGGGACUGGCUGACAAGAUGGACGUCGUUAGAGAACAUACCAGCAACAACAUAGAGCCGGCCGUAGCAAUGAGUGUACCGCGAGCGUUCGCAGCACACUCACAGCACUCGCAACAUUCGGCGGAGUUACCGGCGGCGCGGACACUGGACAUACACGAUAGACACAGCUCUAAUAACGUAGCAGUGGUAAUAGGCGCGGUGAUGGCGGGCGCGGUGGUAGCUCUAGUAAUAGUAGUGGCAGCCCGUGUGAGAGGCGCCCGGCCCGCCGCGCGCGCCCGGCCAGUAAGACCUCACGACUCUGAAAUGGCUUGGGAUGAUUCCGCGCUCACUAUCACUGUUAAUCCGAUGGAGGAGGCCACUGAGUGCGUCGUAUCUCCAAACCGCGUAUGCGGAGACAGCUCUUCGGCAGAGUCCUGCUCUGAUGAAGACUCCGAUCAUCAUGACUCCUCUGAUGAAGAGGGAGAGGUGAUGGCCGGCAAGCAGCACAAGUACAGGAACAUCAGCCAGCUAGAGUGGGACAACAGCACCAUGUAA